GCCAGUACUGGGGGGCAUAUUAUCUGAAGGAAAAUACAUCUGGCAUGCUAAGAUCAUGCUUAGAAGUGAGAAACGGUAAAUCAGGAUUCAAAAUAGGCGCUUGGACAUUUGGAUGUGUCCUCAGAGACUCUAAUACCAAAAUUGUUUGUGUCGAAGAGGUUGAUACAUCAAAUGGGCAUUUACCCUUGCUUGCAGUUGGACUCGAUUGUUCUAUUAGUGGAGGCUCAAUAUGUAUUUUGAUGCUGGCAGUUCUAGAGUCAUUAGAGGCCAUUCAUGUCAAAGAAAGAAUUAGUAAUAUGAAUGUUGUGGAUUCAGCUUUAGAGGUGUUGAAUUUACCAGGAUCUCUUCGAUGUUUUGAUGGAAUUUUAGCUGUAGGAACGUUAGGUGGUGAUAUUUUACUCAUAGACAUCUGCCGCAGAUUUGUAUGGAUCAAGAGCAAGUUAGGGAUGAAAUUUCUCCAUGUCAAAUUGUAAUCAUUCCUCCACAUAAAGUUGAUAAAGUAGAGAGGUAUAAAGAACAGUGUAUAAAAGAAGGCAAUCACCUAGCUAUACAUUGAUAUUGUGUUGGAUAGUAAAACAGAACAUUUUACUCUGAAAGGUCCCCAGAAUGAAAAUAAAUUGUUUGUGAAUAAAGAAGAGGUAUCUGUAAGUAAACUAUACUACUGUUCACAACUAACUUCACUUCUAGUUGGAUUCAACUUUGGAGCAUUUCAACUUUGGGGAUUUAACACGUUAUCCUUAAUAUAUACAUCUCCAGUGUGUGAGAUCAUCUACCAAUCACUCAGUUUGCUUUUCUAGAACCUACAGAUGAUCCAAGAGCUUUUUGCUAUGUGUGGGUUGCGUACAGCAACACAGAGCUAUACCAAGGAGGAUUUCCAUUUGCUGUAAUGUAUUCUUUUUGCUAUGGUUCGAAAGAACACCAUGAAGGGUAUGGAUAUCUGUAUCAAGAUUUUCAGUUUUGUACUGUUCGGUUCCAAAUAGAAUUGGGUGUGCUUCACAGUACCCAACAAAACAAAAGGUGGAUGUAUUUUGAACUUCCAGCUGUUUAUAAACAACCAAAUAAUAAAGACUCUGCAACAAAUCAACGAGUGAUGUGCUGGCGCUGACACAAAUAUCCUGGACAGUAUGUUUGAUAGAGGUGAAACCAAACAAAUAUGUUAGUGUUUGAUUUGAAUCAAUGGUAUAAAGAGCAAAUGCCUACUUUUUCGAGCUGGAAAGAAAGUUCCACCUACAUUUUGAAAACUAGUCUUACGGAGCAGAUUUUGAUGUCUGGCCACAAAUCGUCACUCAUAUUAGAUUGCAGAGUCAUCACUAAAUCAUUGAACCAGUUUUUAGGGGUACAAAAACUUGAAGAGCAUUUCUACCCAACAGCACUAUCUUUCGAUGUCUAUGUUGUGCGAGAAAAUGACAUUAUUGUUGUUCAUAGUGACAGCUUACAAAAGGCAUUGCUGUCUCAAAUAGAAUCAGCAGGACCCUUAUGUCUUGUUAGAACAAAUGAUGUUUAUCAACAGGUUAUAAAUCUGGGACUGACGCCACUAUUUGUUGACCUGCAAGUCAACACGUCUACAACUAUUGAGUCCCAGAGAGAAAUCAUAUUGAAUGUAGGACUGGAACAUCAUUUGACAGGAUGGUUGUGCAAAUGCGCGUCAGAAUGGGCAAAUGGUAGUUUUUCUUCGGCAGGUUGUUCUUUGGAUUUCUUACUAAACUGGGCAUUUCACAGAGCAGUCACCCUUAAAAACCACCUGCGACAGGUACUGCAAAAGUCUUUUCGAUUAUUCACAACUGCCUUUGGAUAGCAAUACUAGCAUUCUGUUGAACAGUUGUACCAGGCAGAUCAACAAUUUAUGUACAUUUUAACGCUUUCGUUCUUGGAAAAUUGCAUAACUACCCGGCACUACCUCGUGUCGUUGAAGAACAAGCCGCAGUUUGGACAUGGUUUCCAUCUAUUUUGAAGUUCUGGUGUGGAUGGUAAACGUAGGAUUAUUACCAGAAUGUCACCAGUCUGUAUAUCCAAAAGACAACUCGGAAAAAGUCAAUGCCCCGUACCCUGUAGUUGAGCUAACCAAGUAUUACAAUGAAAGAAGGGCACAGUUAAGACUGUUGAGUAAGGACACGUUUGCGAGCUCUGACCAACUGCUCUUCAUAGAUAAUCUCAUCGCUAUAAAAUGUGGCGCUGAACAGCUUCAAAAGCAAUGGCAAGAUGACAGAGGUAGCGGGCUUUAUCCUCCGCCUCUCUACAAUCGUUAUUGAGGAGCUACUUGGUUCCAGAAGCGAAUUUGCUCUAUAAACACACAUUGGUCAUUUACGUAUUUUUAGACUUAGCCAUGACAUUGGACCAGACAGGUACUCUGGUGUUAUAAACGCAUCUGAUAAAGUUUCCUGCUGUCUUUAAAGUACCACCAAGCUUGAUAAAAAUCACUCAGGCGUUUUGGCAGUUGGAUCACGGCGAUUUUGCCUCUGCGAUGGAACUGAUGCUGGACCCACAGAUUUCUAACAAUGAUCUCCAACCUUGGCAACAUAAUGUUGCUAUGAGAGCGCUACUGUUGCAAGAACAGAACAACCUAGCAUUGUUCUACAUGCAAGUUAGGAAGCCGCCUAUUAACAGUGAGAAGGAUAUAUUGACAGCCAUCAGUCUUUUUGUUGCUAACAAUAUGUUGGAUGAAGCAUUCUAUUUCAAGAAUCAACAUAAUAGUGCGAAUAUACAGAUUCUACUUCAACAUCUUUUCCGAGAAUGUACAAAAGUGGAUCUCUGCAGAACCUGUUGUAUAGACGCUUGGAUACAAAAGAAGAAAAAGCAUUUUUCGAUUACCUGAAAUCGAUUAACAAUCCGAAUUUUGAAGAUUUGCAAGUGUUCUAUUAUCUAUUGAGAGCAAGAUUUAUAGAAGCAUUUGACGUACAUACGAACAUCAAGAAGAGAAAUCCAGAUUCGCUAGGUUUGUCUGGCCAGAAAAAUGCGUCAGUAAGUGACCAUGUAGUGAAAAUCUUCAAAAAAUACCUACCAGACGUUAGCAAGAAUCUCGUGGAAUACGUUCGCAAAGAAAGAGCUUCUGUAUGGACGAAACUAACCAGACCAACACCUUUAUCAGUAUUUGGUCCAUGAUAACAACGAGCAAGUCCAAUAUAAGUCAACAGUGAUCCAUGCAGCGAUAUCAAAAGCUAAAAGUACGUUUUUGGACAACAAACUCAAUCUAUCUACCGAGGGAACUCCAUUUUUGAGAACUCCCGUCGCGCUUAGAAAAAAUCCAGACUUGCUACAACUAUAGUUACACCUCAUGUUAUCGAUUAUGAAGAGGAGUGCCCAACACCUGCUAAGAGGUUGAGGCUUUCACCAAGAGGAAGUACUGUUAGUCCUCUGGCGAAUCAGAGCAUGCAUUCGAAGAUGUUAACUCCUAUUGUCAAGAGAAACACCUGUACAGAUCAAGAAUCUCGUUUAAACGCUAAGCCUCAUAGUAUCCUUAAAGUAAAGAGUCAGGAUGAUCCUUUAUCUCAGACCUAUGAUGACGUCGCAAUUAGAAAUGAUUCUAGGAUAAUAUCCUUAAGUUGCAGAAUGCCAACACAGAAUACGCCAAAGAAAAUUCAGUUUGAUGAAACAACUAGAUUUUCCACUUCACUGAGCGAUGAUUCUAGUUUGAGAAUACCUGUAGCAGACAGUACCGGUAAUGAAUCAUCUAUCUGUAUAGAAGACAGAUUAAUACAAGAGAAGCAGAACAGAAGAGGCUAUCUUCGCUAUCUUCCGUAGACGCUAGCAUGAUGGUUUCAUCUAAAGAAUCUAGUGGAACUGAUAGUUUUUAUUCUCCAAGUUCUUCUUUGGAUGAAGGUGCCAGGAAAGGUAGUUCUUCUGUUAUUAAAGAGCCUGAAACAAAAUGUAGUAGAACAUGCUGAAAUGCAGGUGCCUAGACAAGAUGAGCUUAAACAUGAUGUAGACAUAGAUCUCCAUGAGACAAAAACUAUGCCACAGUCACCCAGAGCAAGGCGAAGUUAUAAGACGUUGCAUGAUGAGUCAUCAUUACUUGAAACGAGAAGAACUAGAGCUUCUUCUGUAGACAAGUCGCUCACUGAAUCACCUAGAAGAACCAGAACGUCUUCUGUAGACAAAUCCCUCAUUGAAUCACCUAGAAGAACCAGAGCGUCUUCAGUAGACAAAUCCCUCAUUGAAUCACCUAGAAGGACGAGAGCUUCUUCAGUGGAGAGAUCUGAAGAUGUUUCAAUGAAAGAUGAUGCAGCUGAUGAUGAAACCAAAACUCUACCUCAGUCACCUAAAGCUAGGAGGAGUUACAAGAGGUCUUAUGAUGAAUCCGCUGCUCUGGAACCUAGGAGAACCAGGGCGUCUUCUGUAGAAAAAUGUCGAACGGAGUCACCUUCAAUUGAACCUAGGAGGACAAGGGCGUCUUCGGUGGAUAAAUCUAUCAGAAUAUCAUCUGUGGGCGCAUCUCCAGCAAUACGCAUAUCAAGCGAAACAUCAUCUUCGGAAUCUCCUUCUACGUCUGUUUCUGAAUCACCCAAACAAUCGCCAAGAUUGCUUCAGGUCAACAGAAGGAAACCUCUGAGUCGACAAGUCUUGGAGCAUAACGCUUUUUCUGCGCUACAGUCUUCCAAAUUCGUUUCUAAGGAGGUCAUAGUUACCAAAAAAGAUUCGACGGUGAUCACAGAAACAUCUGCAGAUUCUACCAAAGUUAUAUCUCUAGAAAUCGAGUCCCAGGUAUCUGAAAAAAUCUCAGAAAAUCAAAGAAGUCUCAGGUUGACAGACUCGGUGCGCAAAGAAGAACGAAUAGAACACGCUGAGAAAAAUUCUGAGGGUGAUGAUUCAUUUUUGUCUCAGUUGGCUGACGAGUGGAUUAAGGGUAGAAAAGUUGGUAAAAACUGUAGUGAUGAUGAGUCAGAAGUUAAAGAUGAAGUUGAUACUGAAGAAAACGAACCUACUGAUGUAACGGGAAGCUCUACCGUUGAUAAGAAUUACCUGGAAGCAAACAAAAACAGUGGUGAUAAUCAGUCAGAAGUUGAAUCAGAUUCAAUUCAACUUGAAUUUUCUACUGAAGAAAGCAAACCUGCUGGUGAAGUGCCAAGUUCUACCGUUGAUAACAAUUACCUAGAAGCAAGAAAAAAAAGUGGUGAUAAUGAGUCAGAAGUUGAAGAUAAAGUUGAUACUGAAGAAAUCAAACCUGUUGAUGUGAUGCUAAGCUCUGCCGUUGAUGAUGAUAACCCAGAGGAAAGUGGACAAGACGAAAUUGAAGAAAGUACCCAGUUAAGUGAAAAAGAAAGCUCUGAUGUUGCAGCACAAAGUAAACCAACCAAGCUUUUGCAGAAUUAG